AUGUCAUUGAGAGAUGUGUGGGACCAAGAGCGGUGGCCCGAAAAGUGGCCUGAAUGCGGCGGACGGCAGCAAAGUCCGGUCAACAUUGACACUCGCCUGGCGGCCUACUACUAUUACGCUCCGGGAUCACCUAAAAUUGGCUCGCCAGUUCAAUUCACCAGCUACGACCUUCCGCUGGAGGGCUUUACCAUCCGCAACAAUGGCCACACGAUAGCCUUCAGCUAUGGGAAAAGCCUACAACCCUCAGAACCUCGACCAGCCAUCACCGGCUCUCUGCUCAAGUGGAACGCCUUUGUCCUGUCCGGUUUUCACUUUCACUGGGGACAGAGGACCGGUGUCGGUGGCUCGGAGCACACCUUCAACGGGCUGCCCUAUGAUAUGGAGGUCCACCUGGUGCACUACAACGCCGACGAGUACCGCUCCUUUGACGAGGCCAUCGCCGACCACAACGGCGGGGGCGUGACCGUGCUCUCCCUCCUCUUCAAGGUGUCACCCUACGCGAAUCGACAGCUGGAGCAGAUUACCGAGCUGGUGGCUCGCUACUCGGAGCGUUUCACCAAUCAGACGGUGUCCAUCAGGGAGCCACUGUACCUCGACGACCUUCUUCCGGCGGAACUAACGCAGAAAACUCCUUCCUCUUUCUCAAAGGUGAACCUCUUCGCCUAUCGAGGCUCCCUGACGACGCCCCCCUGUACUGAGGGCGUCACCUGGCUGGUGGCCGACGUGGUGAACACCAUUGGCUAUGAACAGGUAAACUGA